CACACUUACAUGUUCUUCCUUUUGACGUGGGAUCGUUAACCUGUGUGUGGUGUCCCCUACCCUUUAGGGUACUUUUGGGAUUUAUUUGUGAUCUUACUACACAGCCAUGUCGUGGGGCGGAGGUGGAAGAAGGAAUUUUGAUAUUCCUUGGAAGGAAGGAAAGCAUAAAAAAGAGAAAACUAAAGAUGGACGAUAUGUAUAUAAGGGAGCAUCAUAUCCAGAAUUCUAUGAUGCUGAAUCACAAGAAAAUUCUCAAGACCCCUAUUCCUCAAGUGUUCCUUCAGGGGAUCCCUACCAAAUGUAUGGACCAAUGGACAGAUACGCCUAUACAAAUGAAAUGUUUUACGACAAUGCCCCUUACAGGCCACUGCCAUCAGCUCACAAAAGUGGUGGAUAUUUUGUGACACGCCAAUCAGCGCAGUCUGACCUAUCCAGUUCAGAUAACACAGGUUUUUCCCUGCAUUUGUUUCCUCCCUGCUUUUGGGGUCAAUGUUAUGAAUUGUAGCAGGGGGAAAUGCCUAACUACCCAAUGGAAGUUUUUAA